AUGGCGUCUGUCGAGAGCGUCCCAGCGUAUAUGCUGCCGGGAGUACCUAUUGUACAGCCGUCGCAUUUGGAGGGCGAUCCCGCUUUGGCGACGGAGAUUCUACCAGGGCCACCAUCACUACUCUCUGUUCAGCAGUCAGGCCUUUCGAAGAGAGACCACAGGAAAACCGUGGCCGCGUAUUCGUACUUGCCCGCCUCUGAUCCGGGAACCACCUAUACAGGACAUAUGAUCAGUCCGGUGGUCUCGACGACAGAGGUGGAAGGCCCUCGUCGGAAAAGGGCUAGAGUAGAGAAGGGGACCGCGUCAGGCAGAGCACAACGUGCAUCCGCUCGCAAUUUAAAUACCAAUCCUUCUACUCCCGAUCUCCCGGUACUCUUGGAGGCUACUGCCUCGGCCUCACAUUUGCUCCCUGACUCUGAUCCACUCGCUAUGCCCUUGGAUUCUGACGAAGCGCUCUCCCGUUCAAACUCGCUUCCCAUCACUGACGACGUUGUUGUCGCAAGCAGCCAUGUCAGGGGCAACCACAUCUCCCGGAGAGAUAAGGGCAAAGGACGAGAGAAAGAUAGCGCUGUCAGAGUAAAGGAGGAACCUUCUGCUGUUUCUCUAUCUAUGGGGGAUAUCGUUCCAUCCGGAGCCGGGACAAACGAGGAUCACUGUUCAGCUUGUCGCUCUCUGGGAUCGCUCAUCUACUGUGACGGGUGCCCACGAGCAUUUCAUCUUUGGUGUUUGGACCCUCCCAUGGAACAAGCCGAUUUGCCUGCUGGUGAUGCCAGAUGGUUCUGUCCCGCCUGCGCCUUGCAACAGAAGCCGCCUUCGAGGCCACCAGCUUCUAUGAGAUUCAUGGUUCCUCUCAUUGAACAGCUUCAGACGAGUCUUCCCAUUGAAUUCCAACUGCCACAUGAUAUCAGAACCUACUUCAAAGAUGUUGCUACCGGUCCCAGAGGGACCUACGUAGACAGCUCGGAAGUCAAAGCCCCGCGACUUAAUCGACAUGGUCAGUUAGAAGAACGUGAUCCAUAUCGGCUGAAGGAUCGAAACGGAGAGCCGGUGUUGUGUUUCCGCUGCGGCACAUCCGCGUUGCCGCCUGAUGUGGCUGCAUCUGUCCCAGCAUUCAAGCGUACACGGAGAGACUCCACUAUCGUCAAUCAGACGCAAAGUGGUCGAAGUAUCAUCUCGUGCGAUUAUUGUCAUCUGCAUUGGCAUCUGGACUGCGUGGACCCUCCUUUAUCAUUCAUGCCGCCAUGGGGUAGGAAGUGGAUGUGUCCGAAUCACGCCGACCAUAUUUUCCAACCCAAACGUCGGAUACCUCGAGCGAAUGCAACUCCCAUAGAUAUAAUCAAGCCCCACCAACGUAAUAACGGAAACAUCGAGAUCAUACCGGACGAACCUGUUGUGCCAGCCCCUCCGCCCAGCAAAAUUGCUGUCGAUGAAGUGCUUAUAAACGGUCGCCGCUAUAGGGUGCCUGAGAAGAUCAUCACUUUGGACUUUUGGAACAAAGUGAGCAAAAACCGUGGUGGCCGCACAGAAGAACAUGCUGGCGAUGUCAGCGCGUUGUCAUCUCCUCUUACAUCACUGAGCUCACUUGCUGGGGAUGAUGAUGUCCCCCCGCUCGAUCCAACAGCUGCAUUGUUCUCUCUUGAAGACGUCGAGGUUGCUCAUGUGAGAAUCUUUCUAGCCAUCGAUAUGUGA